CGCGAACGACUCGUCGUCCUCACCCUCCAUGCUCAUCAGAUAUAGAGCUCCUCCAUUGUUUCCUCUGGGAAUGGUAUCGCCAUUUCCUUCUUCUUCCUCCUCCUCCUUUUCUUCCCUUUCUUCCUUUUCUUCAAACUCUAAUCUCAUCUCAUUCAAUUUCAGUCCCUCUUUCCCUAUUCCAAGACCCUUCCUUUCUUUCCCUUCGCUGCUCUCCGCUUUCCUUCACAAGCCCUGUCGGAGCAUGACUCAUUCCGUUUGCUUCUCUGGACCUUCCCCCACCGCUCCCAUUCAUAGCUCAUCUGAAGAAUCUGAGGAUGUGGAAUCAGCUUCUCUUGUUGUUGUUUCUUUCUAUAAGUUCGCUGAUUUUCCUGACCAUGCCGAAUUUCGCUUGCCCUUGAAGAAGCUCUGCGAGGAACUGCGUGUUUCAGGAGGUAUCAUUCUCGCACCUGAAGGAAUUAAUGGGAGCAUAUGUGGAUCUCGGGAGUCUGUCCAAAGGGUUCUUGGAUUCAUCCAAAGUGAUGAACGGCUAAAAGGACUAAGGCAGGUGGAAACACCUGUUAGUCCUGAAGAAGAAGCCAUCCACAACGGUCAUACUAGCAGUUCCCCUCUUGCAGCGGGGGAAGAUGCACCCUUUCGUUGGGACCAUGUCAGGGUCAAAUUAAAGAAAGAGAUUGUCACUCUUGGAAUGCCUGUUAUAUCACCUGUUGAAAGGGUUGGACAAUAUGUGAAACCAAGGGAUUGGAAUGCACUGAUAAGUGAUCCAGAUACUGUGGUUAUUGAUGUGCGAAAUCACUACGAAACAAGGAUUGGGAAGUUCAAAACAGCAGUUGACCCUUGUACUACAGCAUUUCGAGAUUUUCCAGCUUGGGUGGAAGAUAAACUCCAACUCCCUAAAUUAGAUUGCAAGCAUUCAAAUCAAGGAGGUGAAGAAACAGUGAACCCUAAAGAGAGCUCGCCUCCACGAGUUGCUAUGUAUUGCACUGGAGGGAUCCGUUGUGAGAAAGCCUCGAGUUAUCUCCUCAGCAAAGGCUUUAAAGAGGUUUAUCAUUUGGAAGGUGGAAUUCUGAAAUAUCUGGAGGAAGUUCCAAAGUCAGAGAGCCUAUGGGAAGGUGAAUGCUUUGUAUUUGACAAGCGUGUCUCGGUUGAGCAUGGUCUGGAGCAGGGCACAUUCAAGCUCUGCUAUGGGUGCAAGCAACCAGUGAGUGAUGCUGACAUGGAAUCUCCUGAGUGGGAGUAUGGGGUUUCUUGUCCUUACUGUUUCUCAACGAAAUCUGAAGAAGAGAAGGAGAGAGCAAGAGCUCGGCAAAGGCAAUUUGAGACUUGGGGCAUCAUAGGUGGUCCGGACAAAGGCCGGCGUCCAACACAAAAUGAUGACAAUGUUAGUCAUCCAAAUUCAGUUUGAUGCCUUGCUGCUUAAGGUUCUUGUCAUUUUUGUAUUAGGGAAUUAUACAAAGGACAGAUCAAAAUAUCCAUCUCCACUUAUUAAUUAUUGUCUUGUGUACAAUAUAUCACUUUUUUGUUGAUUAUGACAAAAUUGAGAAAUUUUGGAACUUGGUCCUCUGUUAAAUGAACUUCGAUACUUUCAGAUUCGA